AAAAAAAAAAAAAGGACACUAAAAAAACUUUUUUUAAAUUUUCUGUGUUUCUUUGACUAUGAUAAAGAAGAUAAAACCAUAAAUAUGGUUAUUACUGAGAGAAAAAUGGAAAAGGUGAUCAAAAUUGUCCUUACCAGUUACACAUUUGCUGGUGGUGAUUGAAACAGAGCUACUUUUUGUUUAGGGUCUUUAUAAAUAGGUAAAAGCUAUGAAUAUUGAAGAGCUCUGAGGUCACAAAUCCUCUAGUGGGGGACUUGGAACUAGACAAGGGUUUUCAUCUAUACUCAAGGGCUUUAAGAAAAAAUUUAUCAGUUUGUUUAAGUUGAAGACUUGAGUAACCUGUUGGUUUACCUCUCCUUAAACAGCCUUCCUGAGCACUUUUGCAUCAAAGAGAGCCUUAUUCAAUGGAUAUAAGAGGUUUACCUGAAAUGGGAAUGGAGGAUCCGAGUUUCAUUAAUCCGUGGUAUAUGAACUCUCUUGAUGAGAUCAGUAUGCUACCACUAGCAGCCGCACUUGGAGAGAAUUUGCAGCAGUCUCACUCUCAUUUAUACUCAAAUUUCAACCUUAAAGCUUCUAUGGAUGGUUCUCACAUAGGCACUGUCAUUGAUAGACCGGUGAAACAUCACAAACCCAACAGCUGGAAUUCAACCAAAGUUGAUCCUAUAUCAAACCCACUAGUUGCAUACUCCCCCAACUUUCUAUCCUUUGUCAGUUCUAAUUAUACAAACCAAAUGGGUCUUAUGAAGCCCAAGGAGGAGGCAGUAUGUUUGAAGGGCAGCAAGAAUCCUCCAUCUGAUGGAUUGCUUUCCCAAGGUUCCUAUGCCAACCAAGAUUCAGCAUUGAAGGCUAAUCAAGGAGCCAAGAGGGUCUGUUCUAGCACUAGGCUUCCUCAAACUCAAGAUCAUAUUGUAGCAGAAAGGAAACGGAGAGAGAAGCUGAGCCAAAGGUUCAUAGCUUUAUCUGCAAUAGUUCCUGGCCUAAAGAAGAUGGACAAGGCUUCUGUUCUUGGAGAUGCCAUCAAGUAUAUGAAACACCUACAAGAGAAAGUCAAGACACUCGAGGAACAAACCAGAAAAGAGAACAUGGAAUCAGUGGUCUUUGUGAAGAAAACGCAACUCUUUGCAGAUGGUGACAACUCUUCCUUGGAUAAGAAUUUCUGCAGUGGCCCCUUCAAUGAACCACUACCAGAAAUUGAAGCGAGAUUUUGUGACAAAAAUGUACUUAUAAGAAUUCAUUGUGAGAAAAGGAAGGGAAUCCUAGAGAAAACAAUAGCUGAGAUGGAGAAGCUCCAUCUAACAGUUACAAAUAGUAGUUGCUUGACAUUUGGGAGUUCUGUUCUUGAUGUGACUAUUAUUGCUAAGAUGAAUGAGGAGUUCUCUCUUACGGUGCAGGAUCUUAUCAAGGAUCUACGCUCUGCUUUCAACUCGUUCAUGUGAAAAUAUAUAUAUAUAUAUAUAUAUAUCUAUUAAGUUUUUUACUGCAGCUCUAGCUUUCAAUGACCGAGAAUAAUCCACGACUACAAAACCAGUCGAAUGCUAUCUUUUUCAGUAUUCUUGUUUGCAAGGCCUGUUAUUCUCUGCCAAAUUCUACCAUUAACUUCAAGCUUGGUUUCUGUUAGAUUGUUUUUGCAGGAGGGAUCCUUUUUUCUAAUUUUUAUUUUUUUUUUGCAUGGUUAAGUCGUUGGCCAUGUUCAGUAGCCCUCUUGUUUUAAAGAAUCAGUAAAUCUCACAGAUUCAAAGCUUGUUGGUGUCCUUUUUUUUUUUUUUUUUUCUGAAGGGGAUUUUGUAAAUUAUGCAGUUAAACCUGCUUUUUGUCCCUUUCUUAUCUCUAAAGUGAGUUGAAAAAGGGAAAAUGGUUUUUUGGGUAAGUAGAAGAGGCAGGCCUUUGUUUCAGCACUUUGUUUGGUCAGUGUUUUUUCUUAUGUAGGUUUGUUGCCAAUAUCAGUAUGAAUAAAUGCAAUAUUCUAUUC